GUCGCAAACUCUUUGCAUUCAUGACAGCCGAAAGCGCGACAACAACGGUACCACACAUGCCGCGACGGCAGCGCAUCUAAACUGAAUUUAGCUGGAGGCAGGUCCAAUCAAACGAAAACAAUCAAUGGCGCUGGCCAGACAUUCAAACACUGCUGAAACGCGAACUUGAACGGGCGCGCACCUAAAAGUUCUUCCGCCAAACGAAUCUUCGAUUCUUAACUGUAUACCGUUACGUAUGCCAUGUGUUCGCGGGUACAAAGUUUUUCGUUUUGCAUAAUGUGUUGAGAGAUCUGUGCUUAUUCGUGAGAAAAUAUACGGUGCGUUGUCACAGACUUGCGUGCCGAGUGUGAGGCGGCUUGAUUGCCAUUGAGACGCGCGCCUGCUUGCCCGCCUGUCAGCAUUCAAACUCAGGUGCCGAUACUCGCAAUUACUUUGAAUGCGCACAGUCGCACGGGUCGUCGGGCAACCAAGCGCUUUUAUUCAUUGAAUAUUAUUGUGAUUUGCAUGUUGUCGUAAGAGAAUAAUAAUAAAAGCGCGAAGAAAAUCGCGAGGAAAAUGCAGUGCACACACACUUGUGGCUAAACUAAAAAUAAAACAAUUAAUAAACAAAUAAACAGUGGAAAUUUUAUUAGUGCUUAAGACAAAAAAAAGUGUAGAAUAAACAAUUGAAAUAAACGCAUAAGUAAGAAAUAUACGGAUUUCCGGAAAGCGCGCGCUUCAAAGGCUAAAGAAAAUCAUGGCGCCUGCAAAUGCUUUAAACGAAGCAAGCAGCUGGACAACCAUGGCGCCGGCCUAUGCGAAUACGCGUCCACUCAAUGUUGAGAGCCAGUUCAGUGCGCCCCUCAAUAGUUCUACUUAUCUGCUUAAUAACACCUUUUCCACCGCCAACGCCAUCUCCUCUAAUUAUAGUUAUGAACAAGCGCAAAACGCUUCGCUUCAACACUUUUUCGAUCUCGGUCCGACGCGCGACUCACUAGAAAUCGUCAUACCCGUGACGAUCAUUUACAGUUUGAUAUUCGUCAGCGGUGUCAUUGGCAAUAUCAGCACUUGUAUAGUGAUCAAGAAGAACCGUUCCAUGCACACCGCCACCAAUUACUACCUCUUCAGCUUGGCCGUAUCGGAUUUCCUGCUGUUGCUCUCCGGCGUGCCACAGGAAAUGUACUUCAUCUGGUCCAAAUAUCCGUAUGUAUUUGGUGAAUAUUUUUGCAUUGGUCGCGGCGUAUUGGCGGAGACUUCUGCAAAUGCGACAGUGCUAACCAUUACCGCUUUCACCGUGGAACGUUACAUGGCCAUAUGUCACCCGUUUCUGGGGCAGGCUAUGUCGAAAUUGAGUCGCGCCAUACGUAUUAUUGUGCUCAUUUGGUUAGUAUCCAUUCUGACGGCCAUACCGCAGGCGGCGCAAUUCGGUAUCAUCGCGCUGAACGGCAUUGAGAAAUGCACCGUUGUGCGGAACAUCAUUCAACACUCGUUUCAAUUGUCCACCUUUAUUUUCUUUAUUGCUCCAAUGUCUAUAAUCUUGGUAUUGUAUCUAUUGAUUGGUUUACGUUUGCAUCGCUCGAAUUUGAUGGGCGACACCGGUGAGGUUGGUGGUGGUGGUGGCGGUCGACGUGCUUUUGGCUGUAUUAGCACUAGCGUGAACGCUGCCAACGGUAGAUCGGGUGGUGGCACAGAGGGCGGCGUUGUUAGUAAUGGCACUGGGAAGGGGAGUGGUCGUCUGGCGUACGGUGGCGGUGGCGGUGGCGGUAGCGUAGUGCGUGUAAGCGGCACACGCAAAGGGAGCGAUCGCAUGAGCAUGAAGGGUACACAGAGCGACACGAUGCUAUAUCGUUAUAUGGGUGGUAGCCAGUUGAGCGCCGUGCGCGGCCGCAUGAAUCACUAUGGAACGCGACGUGUGAUAAAGAUGCUGGUCGCGGUUGUCAUAUGUUUCUUAUUGUGUUGGGCCCCCUUUCACGCGCAGCGGCUAAUCGCUGUUUAUGGUCCGAAUGUUUGGGGUGGCGGCAGUGAGAGUGCUGAUGGUGUUGCUGGCGGUGGGGAGCACGAUGACGCUGCUGCCGCUGAUAAGAAUCAUCAUGUGGUGAUAUACACCGUUAUGACCUAUGUGUCGGGAGUGCUUUAUUACCUGUCGACAUGCAUCAAUCCGUUGCUGUACAACCUGAUGAGCAACAAGUUUCGGCAGGCAUUCAAGUCGAUUUUGCUACGCAAGAAAACGAAUGGCUCUCUCAAUUAUCGACGCACUCAACAGUCGCAGAAUUUACGUCGUAAUCCGACACUCACCUCGAGUACUCACCGUGAAUCGAGUGAUUCGGACCCGCUUUCGAAGCAUUCAAUGUUGCAGGCCGCGCUAAAUGAGCGAAACGUGAACAGUAAACUAAUGCCAUAAACCGGAGAGUAGUGUACAUUUAUGUAUAUUUAAAAUCACAUAUAUAAUUAUAUGUAUGUAUAUGUAAUAUAUAUAUACUAUAUAUGCAACGGUUAUCAUGAUAUAUUCAAAUUGUUAGAAGAUAACCUAGAGUACAAUGGUUCGAAACCCAGCAAAGACGUAGGCUAUGUGGAAGCUAUUCAGGUUUGGAGCAAUCAACUUCAUAUGAAAAUGCUAUUGACUUUGAACGCUCAUGGGCAAACACGUGUGGAUACAUCGCAAAAAAUAUAAUUUAGAAUAGUUUCAUACAAAUGAGAUACUUAAAAGUGGCUACUUAUUUAAUUGCUGAAUUCAGCAAGCGAACAGCAUCUUAGUAAUUUAAUUCACUUAUAACAUACAGUACUUAUUCACAGCUAUUUAUAUGUAAUUGUUAAUAUAUACCUUUGUUUGUACAUAUUGUAUAUUUGUAUGUAAUAAGAGAGCUACUGACAAAUUAUACCCUUUACCGUUAAGCAUUUAAAAGCACGCUGUAUAAUUACAACCAUUACUUGGUAAUGCUAAAAUUAUCUUAUUUAUUCUUUUGCAAAACCUGUUAGAUAAAAAAUAAAUCAAAAUUUAUAACUGUU